AUGCAGAGCGAGAAUGGAAUUCACAACAGCUUGGCUGGUGAACUCCAGAACUCGAAUAAAUCAAAAAGAGGUGAAAGGACCUUGCGCAGGUCAACAUGGCAGCAUUUUGCCGACACUGAUGAUUCUGGUCGCCCAGGCAAAGUACCGGAUGGGCGCGCAUCCAGUACAGACCGGGUGGAGUCCGCUGAUUUGGACCAUAGUAGUGAACAGCUCGACCAGUAG